AUGGCACCGGUUGGGGCACUUGGGACGGAACACAACAGCCACACCGACGAGGGGAACAAGAAGCCUAUGGAACAGCGUAGUCCCGAACGUCCACAACGGCCCCUCUCGGCUGUGGCACCCUACCGUACAAAGCCCGGAAUCAAGAACAACAGACGCUCUUUCUCCUCUGGACGCGCACAUCAUGUCAAUCCACGCCCAGCCUCGGCCCUCGGUUACCCCUCGUUCACCCCUUUGGCAAAAGCUCUUCCCCUCACUCGCGGCAACAGCCUCAUUCUCCUUUCGUCAAACCACGCACAGCGCAACAACCCCGACGACUCACCGUCACCACGCCGUGUAUGCGUGAAGAGCAACGGUAGCCCGCGCCUCACCCCACCACCCAGCCCUUCACCCCAGGGCCUGCCUGAGCGCGUUCUGGUGCCCGUCCCCGACGAUUUCAGCCUGGACGGAAUGGAAGAUUCGCGUUCCGACGUUCCACUGCGCCGCCGGUCAGCCCGCUUCGCAUCCCUCAUUUCACGCUUCGGGCAGGAUGCUGCUCGCAGGCUAACUAAGUCGCCCACACCUUCUCCACUCAGCACUUUAGCCAGACCAGACCGCGACGAGCCACCCCGGCCCGCUAUCCGGUCAGCAAACCGGCAGUCUGGAGCGUUCGGUGUGACAGAUGACGGCUCUGACGCCGAAACGACCCACCGGUUCUACCAUGACAACACGCGCCGGCGGCGCAACAGUUGCGGCAGCAUUGUCGAGGAGGCAGUGCGCAGCCUGUACGCGGAGAAUGCCGACAUACAUUCCCACUCGGAGGAGGAGAACGAGAUGCCGCCCAAGGACGAAAGGCAGACAUCUGGCGCUCUCGGCCUCCUGUACCUCAUGCCCCACGACAGUGUCCAGCAGAGCAACAGCGCAAGCGAUCUCUCCAGCUCCGGCCUCGACACCUCAUCGUCCUCCCCUCCUGGUCUCUCGCGAUCAUCCUCGCAGUGGACACCGCCGAGCGAUUCGUUGGCUACCCCCACAAGCGCCUCCCCUUGCUCGACGCAUUGUGUCCCUCCCGAUACCGCCGAGUCGCUGCUUCUGGCAGCGAGCCACUUGCUUAACGCUCAUGGCGUGACGCUCCUCCAUCAUGCUGAGCAGCUGAGCGAGUCGAGCACGAGACUGCGGGCACUCGCGACCGAAUCUCUCGAGUGGGGAUCACGGUUGAUGGCGGCCGCGAACAGAAACCCGGAAUCCAUCCAACCCUCGCAGAUGAUCACGGCGGAGAGCCUGUCCCAGAGCCCAACAGUAGUCCCUCGCACCUCCACUGAGGGACAACAAGGCGGCUUCUCCAAGCCAGCUCCUCUUCCUGCGCGUCGAAAGGAUGAGCACCGUCUCAGCCAACGCGCGACGACGCGUAAAUCUUGGAUCCUCAAGCCUAUUCGGCACUCGAGACUGCUUGUUGAGGCGGAACGCUUGGCUGCUCUGGACUGGAACGGAUCCCAGGCAGGCGAGAGAGCGCACUGCACUGAGCCGGGCGACACCAGCGCCACAUCUUCAGACGACUACGUCGUGAUCUCGGGGUCAAGCCUCUCAACCUCACCAGAGCCCAUUUCACGGGUACCAUCCCCAUCAAUGUCCGAUGCCCAGCACGAAAUGCUAGCAGCUCGUCCCUCGUCCGUGGACCCUCUUAGCGACGAGAGCAGCAACUCUCACGAGUCGGCGAUCUCGGACGGCCUCAUAGACGCCCUGCCGCCUCUGCUCCCUCCGAUCGAUCUCACACCGCCAACGCCGAUUGCUGCUCCAUCCACUAUGACGCGAGAGCCUCCAGUUUCGGAGGCUCUCUGGAACGACGACUCCACAGAGGUUCUGUUCGGAUCACCAAGCGGUUCGCCAGAGCCUGAAUACCCUGUCAACUCCUCCACCCCUACACUCUCGACUAUGCGCCUCAAUUCGGAGGACCACAGUUCUGAGCGUCACCGUUCCACGCCCUCCCCGCAGAUGAACUUUGGGGUCGUCCACGCGCCUUUCGCGACGAUGAUGAACGCCGUGCCCGCCGUGCCCGACCGGGGCUUCUACUUGGACCCGCAGUUUGCCCGGACUAGCAUUACACAACCCUCCGUUCACGUUACGCCAAUGCCGCAAGUGCUUCCUCGCAAGUCGGAGACGGACCUGUCAAGCCGCCUCAUGCGCCAGCUGAGCUCGCGACGCAGCGAACGUGAGCCGGAGCGUGCUGGCUCGACGACGCCCAGACGCUGGUUCGGCCGGCUGGGUCGCCAGACCGAGUGA